AUGUCUCUUUUAGAGGCAAAAUGUGGCUUCAUUGGUGGAAUGGGAAAUGUCGUUCAUCAUUCACCGCACACCAGAAGCACGAGAGAAUAUUCAUGGACUCCCUUCGCGAGGAGAAGAAAAAGAAGAAGGGCUCAUGAUAAUGAUAAUUGCUUCUCGACACAUAUGCAUAUACACUCGAUUCUCGUUAUAACGACGAUCUCGGGACUUCAAAAUCUCGAUAUUACGACGGAAGGAGGAAUCCUACUUCACGUUCUAUUCAAACACAUGAAUUUAUCUGUGAUUAACAGAACAAAACGUCAAAUACGUGUAAAAAAUUUCGUAAAUAGUCAAAGGGGGGAGAAGGCACGUGACGGUAUUCUCGCGGACAACAGGGAGACACAACGGGUUUUAUCUAGUUGUCCAAUUGCUGAUGGCGAGCCUGAAGCACGUGUUUAUUGUUCGGUGAUAAGAGAUGACACAGUGAAUAAUCGUUUCUCGAUUGUGCCUCGUCGCGAAUUCAAAAGUAAAGCUUUUCAAAGAGAAAGAUUAGAAGAAAGUGCAAUAGAAAGAAGAUUGCACUUUUUGAAGAGAGAUUGUGCAGUUGAAGAAAGAUCAAUAACAACUGCGAUAGAAAGGAGAAGAUCCUUAAGUGCAGCAGAAAGACAACUAUUCAAAAGUGCAGCAAAAAAAAGUACAUCUAAAAGUAGAGGAGAAAGAAAAGGGUUAUUCGAAAAGUGCAGCAGAAAGAAGAGCAUCCAAAAGUGGAGCAAAAAGAUAAUCCUUCAAAAGUGCGACGGAAGGAAAAACAUCCAAAAAGUAGAACAGCAAAAAGAAGAUCCAAAAGUACAACAGAAAGAAGAACAUCUAAAAGUACAACAGAAAGAGAAACAUCCAAAAGUACAACAGAAAGAUAAACGUUCAGAAGUGCUGCAGCAAAAGGAACAUCCAAAAGUAAAACAGCAAAAGGAUUAUCCAAAGCAGAAGGAGGAUCAUUUGAAAGUGCAAUUGAAAGAAGAAAAUCCAAAGAAAAAACCAAAUAAAGAAAAGCAGAAAGAAGUAGACAAAAGAUCCAAAGUACAACUGAGGAUAGAAGCAGAAAAAAUUAAGGAAGAAGAAAAGGAAUUUAAAAACAAACUAAAGAGAUCGUGCAAUAAAAAUCUUUUAAUUCUUGUAUUGACAGAGCAUUCGAAGGUAGAAGAGUAUUAA